AUGGGGAAGCCGACAGGGUUUCUGAAUUCUUUUUCCCCAGAGUUCUGGAACUCUUGUCAGAACUGUAAAUCUGGACAUCUAGUCCCGCCUUCUUGUUAUGCAGAUUGAGGAAACUGAGGCACCCCCCUCCCCCGCCCAUGGCUACUUGGCCUUAAUUCCAUCCGGCCUUUUGACAUUUACUUGCCAUGUGACCUGGGCUCAGCCUCGAACCUCUCUGAAGUGCCACCUUCCGCCGUGCCCACCCUCGGCCCCACACGCUCAUGGCCAGCCGUGGAGUUGGGAGGGACCUCCAGGGUCGUGUGGGAGUCCCCCAGAUGGGGAAACUCCUUCCACCAACCCCAGUGGACAACUUGGCCGGCUCCUCGGGGUCUUGCCUGGCACCUAAGAGUGUUUCCCACCCCCCACUGCCUCCUUUGCCCUGAUCCUGCCCCCUCCGCACACCCCUAGGGCGGUCCUAAAAGAUUCUCUCUCUUCUCAGAGUGACAAUGCCUUUGGGGAAAGAAGGCAGGGACAUGGAGGGGGAGGGGGACGGCGGGGAUGCCGACUCUGCCCCCGAGAUGAACGGGCUGGAGGAGGAGGGCAGCGAAGACGAGCAGACCGGCAGCCAGACGGAGUCCGACGGCGAGAGCUCUGAGAUGGACGACGAGGACUGUGAGCGUCGCCGGGUCGAGUGCCUCGAUGAGAUGUCGGACCUGGAGAAGCAGUUCUCUGAGCUCAAGGAGAAGCUGUUCAAGGAGCGGCUAAGCCAGGUGCGUUUGCGGCUGGAGGAGGUCGGGGCCGAGCGGGCCCCGGAGUAUACCGAGCCCCUUGGGGGGCUGCAGCGGAGCCUCAAGAUUCGAAUCCAGGUGGCGGGCAUCUACAAGGGCUUCUGUCUGGAUGUGAUCCGGAACAAGUACGAAUGUGAGCUGCAGGGAGCCAGGCAGCACCUGGAGAGUGAGCGGCUGCUGCUGUACGACGCCCUCCAGGGGGAGCUCCAAGAACGGAUUCAGCGGCUCGAGGAGGACCGCCAGAGUGUUGAUAUCAACUCGGAAUGGUGGGACGACAAGCUGCACCCCAAAGGGAACUCCAAAUCCUGGGAGUCCCUGCAGACAGGCAAGAGGAAGAAGGCGCCGCUCGUCUCAGGUCCUUAUAUCGUCUAUAUGCUGGAGGACGUCGACAUCCUGGAGGACUGGGCGGCCAUUAAGAAGGCCAAGGUUGCUGUGUCCCCCCAGAAGAGGAAAGCCGACGAAGGCCCGCCGUCUCCUCUCCGGACCCCUCCAGCGUGGGGCAGCAGCCACCCUCCCCUCAAGGGCCCCCGCCCGGCAGCCCAGGUAGGCCUGCCCACCCCCGACCUCCUGUCUUCUAGCCCCUGAAGGGCUCACGAGCUGCGCACGAGGCCCGCCGGGACGGCCGGGGCUCCUGGACCGGCUCCUGGGCCCUCGCGCCCCCGAUGACUCCUCGGCCUCCACACUGCCACCCUCCUGCCUCUUCCCUGCCGGGAUGCCGGCGGCUCCGGCUCAGCCCGGCCUCGGGGGACUUGGACUGGGCCCGGCCCAGCCCGGAAGGCCUCUGACCCGAGGCCGGCUCUGCUCUCCUUUACAAGUUCUCGAAGUGACUUUUCUAUUUUUGGAUUCCGAAUGGAGAAACCUGUUUCCGGUCCUGGGAUUAGAAUCAUGUAACAGAAUUAAAGUUUAAUAAUUAAAAGGAC